UGUACAUCGAGUAAAUGGGCGCAGGUGUAGUGCGCGAGCGCAGGUGCUGCUGCAUCAGCAGAACAUCAGCAGAACAUCAGCAGGAGCGCUCAGAGAAGAACAUGAGGACAGCGGUGAUUCUCGGAAUCUGCCUGGUUUUGCCUUCAGUUUGCACCACGAUAUCAUCUCGCUGCUUGUCGCUGCUGCAGCCUUGUAUUUCAGCGGACCUUUGCAGACGUGAACAGACUCUUCUGAGAAAUGUUUGUGGUUCUGAAGACUGUCAAGUGCAGAGCUCUGAAGACUGCAACGUGACCAUCAAGGCAGUUCUAGCUCACUCGAGAGAGUGUAUGUGCACUGACGAAAAUCCCUGCAACAUUCUUCAACUACUGGCUUCCAUCUGCUAUUCAUACUCGGACGUCGAGCCCCGGCGCGAACCAGACAAAUCGAGAUCGGCAACUCGGCACGCGGGACGUCAUGCCACCGGUCCUCGUUCAGAUCAUCACCAGCCUUCAUCACCAGUUCUGGGAAACAACCUGAAGGAGGAAUGGAAAGAAAGUUCACUGUUAUCAUAUGCACCGGCCGCAAACGUUUCCUGCGUACAGGAGAUGACGCUGUGCAUCCAGGAUGAAGUGUGCAAUCGGCAGCUUGUGCCGUUCGUCCAGUCAUGUUCUGUUCCUCAAUGCGAGGAAAGACUCUGCAGACUGGCGGCCAGAAGAUUUUAUUCAAACCUGCCUGAAAACAUGGCCGAGAUGCUGGUGUUCUGUCAGUGUGAGCCAGAUGACAAGGACUGCCAGAAUUUUCAGACCAUGCUCAAUUCCAACUCCUGCAAACAAGACCAGAUACCACAAUGGAACUGCCUGGAGAUGCUUGAUAACUGCACUGAAGAGAAGAUCUGCAGAAAAACCUUUGAGGCAUUCUUGUCCAAAUGUUUUGGUCCUGACGAUGUUUCAUUUACCGGACAUUCAUCCACAGACCUGCUGCAUGUCAUGGAUCUCGACUUUUUUGUCAGUGGAAACAAAGAGUGCCGACUGGCCUUUGUAGCAACAAUGGGAACCAUUCUUCAGAGUCCGUGCACCUGUCAUGGACUGGAUCAUCACCAUCUUUACAGGUGCAACGUGCUGCGACAAGCCAUUCAUAACCGAUCCUAUUUCAGACCUCAAGGACCUAAGCGAAAUAUUUCAUCCACCAAGUCAAAAGAAAACACAUUGCAGCAAGAGCGUUCGUGGCUAAAAGAUCACUUGCUGUACAUUGUGGUGUGUGUUUGUGUGGUGGUGGUGGUGGUGGUGGUGAUCAUUGCAGUCAUUAUCGCCACUGUAAAACAUAAACUUGGGAAAAAACGCAGAUUGCCCAAGAACCCAGAUUCAAGAUUUCACCCUCCAGAUGAUUCCUCCAAAUCACUUGUCAAGUAAUUUUCACAUGAUGUUUGUACCAUGCAUAAUAUUAUAAUGGUUUUAUGUCACAUUAUGUCCAGGUUUGUAGAAGAUGAUUAUAUUUUAUAACUAUACAAUUAUAUACAGUGACUAGUGAAAGAAUGAAUGUAGCACAGAAGAGAAUCAGCAUUUUAUACAAACAUUUAUCAUUUAAAUGCUGUUAUGCUUUUAAGAACUGAAACUUUUCAAUGUUACAGGUGUGUCAUUGCAUCAUUUUAUUGUGGCAGGAAAAUUAAUAUCAAAACCAGGACUUUUGUCAUAUUGGGUCUUUUUUUUUCAUCCAUGAUGAGUUUUCCCAAACCGCAUCAUAAGACGUAUCGAUGUUAAAUAAGAUGUAACGGGAAAUCCAAAUGUCGAAAGGAAUCUUAUGAAUAUUAAUGUUAUUCUUUCUACAAUAAAUAUGGUAUUCAAUUCGAA